GAUAAUUUUUCAUCGAAUUGCCCACAUUAUCCGAACUUCAGUGAAGUUGAAGAAUAGCGUUGGAACGACAUGGCGCCAAAAAUUGAAAAAAUUUGUGGAAACUUCAAAUUGGGGGAGGCGCCCCAUUGGGACGCAGACACACAAACCCUGUAUUUUGUUGAUAUUAACGGAUACAGCAUCCACAGAUACGUGCCUGCAACUAAAAAACAUACCAGCGCCUAUGUGGGAAAAAACGUAUCGAUCAUAAUCCCGGUGAAAGGAAAAACCGAUCAAUUCGUUAUAAGUCUGGAGCGCGAGCUGGUCGUUGUUACUUGGGAUGGAGAAAGUGAUAAACCCUCUAAAGUUGAGAAAUUGUACGAAGUCGAUAAAGAUAUCAAGAAGAACGUUUUCAACGAUGGAAAGUGUGACCCUUCCGGAAGAUUAUGGACAGGAACCAUGGGUGGACCUCCAGUAGUUAUUGCCGAUAUUCCGCUGGGAAAAGGUACGCUCUACAGUUUCCAGGACAAGAAAAUCACUUCACAUUUUGGAGGUAUAGGAAUAGCCAACGGGAUCGCUUUCAAUGUUCAACUGAAGAAAAUGUACUACAUCGAUUCAAGAACUGGAACGGUUGAUGAAUACGAUUUUGAUAUCGAGAAAGGAGUAUUAUGUGAGUAUGGUACUUUGUACAUGGGGGCCACCAUAGGCGAGGCCGACAGAGGGCGCUAG